GUAGACUGUCGCAAAUGCAUUAGCGUUGCAGAAACUCAACAAAAACCACCACCUUGCUCUCAUCCUGUCAUGACUUUCCCUGAAUGCAGGCUGCACCCUGCAAUAGCUUCUCGGCACUAACCACCUCACCUGGUUGGCACUUGGAGGUUUACCACAGAGUUGUUUUGCGCGUGCACUGUACUCUGUAAAGCGCCCUGGGCUGGUAUGGGUUACUUCGAAGGAUUGUCUCGUCACCGAAGAGCUCAGUGAGAAACGGCGAUUGUGUCCAACUUAACUGAAGUUUUUCCAUGCGCUAUUUUGCCGUCUAAAAACGAAGUAUUUCGCCUAAGAAGACUGAAAAUAUACUGUCUUGAAGACACAGUUUGCGAGCCAAAGCAGGCAGGGCGAUUCCUUAAAAGUGCUCUGUCACGAAACGGAAAGAAGAACAAGAAAAACCGAUAUUCUCAUCCAGAGAAGCAAACCGAAGACUUGGACCGUGACAGUGCAUCAGGAAACGGGAGCCCCGUGAGCAAGUCAUCAGGGAAUGCAUAAUUCAGUAUGGAAGUUCACACCGACCAACAAAGGGCUUUGAAUUCACGCUAAUGGAAUUAAUCCAGUCCGACGGGGAACCCACCAUGGAGUAGGAUAUUUUAUUGUUGACACCCUUAAAACAGGGUCGCUUCUCGUGGUGUCGACUGUGUUGGGUCCUUUUGAGAUCCACAGCGGAUGUGAUACUGUUGGUAAAAAACCUACCAGGUAAUGUAGAACGCCUAGCAAAGGACAAACAGACCUAAAGAUGAGGAGUUGUGGAUUGUGAAAAUAGGCUCGUUUGGGUAUAUGUUGUCUGCAACACGCGGUGUUGAUAAUGGCAUCCAACGAAAGACUGUACGAGGUGUGGAUGCUGUACUGCAACAAGAAGGACCCAGACUACCUGAAGCUGUGGCUGGAGAUCUUCCUCGGCUCCUACGAGAGAUGUCUGGACGUGGACUUCGAGAAACCGCCCACAAGGCUGGAGGAGGUCCCCCCGGUGAUGUCACUGCUGCCGGACAACAUCCUGCAGGUGCUGCGUCACCAGCUGCUGCAGUGUGUCCACAAGGUGUCGGACGGCCUGGAGGAGGAGCAGCAGAACCUGGCGCUGCUGCUCGUCAAGUUCCUCAUCGUCACCUGCAGGAACCUCGCUAACGUGGAAGAGAUCGGCACCUGUUCCUACAUCAACCACGUCAUCACCAUAACAACGCUGUACAUUCAGCAGCUGAAGAGUAAGACUAAAGAGAAAGAGCUGGCAGACCAGGCUCCAGCAGAGGAGUUUGUGCGGCACGCCCUGGCCUUCUGUGAGAGCCUCUACGACCCCUACCACAACUGGAGACACCGCGUGUGCGGGGAGCAGCUCAGUGCGGUGGAGAGGAGCAGACAGAAGUACAAAGCCGCGCCCCUCACCGUGGAGUUCGUGCCCUUUUUCUACCAGUGCUUCCAGGAGAGCGAGCACCUGAAGGGCAGCCUGAAGUGCGGCCUGCUGCACCUGUUUGGAGCCGUGGUGGCGGGGGGACAGCGCAACGCGCUCCUGGCCAUCUCCCCGGCGACCAUGGAGGUGCUGAUGCGGGUGCUGGCGGACCGCGAGGGCGGGGACGCGGGCGACUGGGACCCGGGCGACGGGGACGCGGGCGACUGGGACGACCCGGCGGCGCCGGCGGCGGACCGGCGGGCGCUGCUCACGCUGGGCUGCCUGCGCGAGGUGGUGCACCGCCUGCUCGCCAGCAGCUCCGACCAGCGGCAGGUGGAGAUCGGCGCCGUGCUGGAGAACUACUUCAAGCUGCUCAACUCCGACCCCGCCGCGCUGCAGGCCAAGGGUCGCGGGGCCGCGCCCCCCCAGCAGCAGCAGCAGCAGCAGCAGAGGUCCCGUCGCUGGGAGAGCCGCUUUGUGGCCCUGCAGGUCCAUAUGCUGGACACCAUCAGAGAGAUGUUCGAGUGCUCGGACCGGCCCGUCCUGCAGGCCAUCUUCCUCAACAGCAACUGCUUCGAGCACCUGACCCGGCUGCUGCAGAACAGCAAGCUGGUUAAUGCUAUAUGUAAGGGAGCAGAGAAGAGCCAGAAAGAUUUAACCAACAGAUUACUGACAGGAGUGAGUGAGCCUCAGGUAUUCCAGGGACGGGUGGACUCUCUGGCCGUCUCCACCAUCAAAGCCCUGACCACCGUGAUGCACAAGUCUCCGGCCGCCAAGGAGGUGUUCAAGGAGCGCAUUGGCUACACGCACCUGCACGAGGUGCUCGUCUCCCUGGGCCAGCCCUCCCGCCGCCUGCUGAAGGAGCUGAUGAACAUGGCGGUGGAGGGGGAGCACUCCUCGGUGGGCAUUUUGGGGAUCAGCAACGUGCAGCCCCUGCUGCUGCUGGUGCAGUGGCUGCCCGAGCUGGAGGCGGAGCUGCAGACCUUCACGGCCGACUGGCUGCGGCGGCUCUGCUGCGCCAACCGGCGGACGCGCGCCACCUGCGUCAACGCCGCCAUGGCCGCGCGCGUCCUGGCCGCCCUGGAGCGCCACGCCCGGCUGCACCGCGCCUGCGCCGAGAGCCUGGCGGCGCUGCUGGGCGCGCUGGGCGGCCAGUCGCUGGGCGGGGCCGAGCUGCUGCAGCUGCUGCGGCUGCUGCGCGCCGACGACCCGCGCCGGGCCCACCCGUACGCGGCGCCCGUCCUCCGCGCCGUCCUGGCCAUGGUGCGCAAGCAGGGCCUGGAGAGCGCCACGCAGUACUUCGACCUGGCGCCCAGCAUGGCGGGCAUCGCCGUGCCCACCGUGCAGCGCUGGCCGGGCUCCGCCUUCAGCUUCUUCGCCUGGCUGUCGCUGGACCAGGACCAGCUGGGCCCCAGCAAAGGGGAGAAGAGGAAGCAGCUGUACAGCUUUUUCACCCCUGGAGGCACCGGGUUUGAGGCCUUCAUCAGCUCUGCGGGGGUGCUGGUGGUGGCGGUGUGCACCAAGAAGGAGUACGUGACCGUCAUGCUGCCGGACUACUGCUUCUGCGACUCCCUGUGGCACAGUAUCGGCGUGGUGCACGUGCCAGGGAAGAGGCCCUUCGGGCAGAGCCAGGUGUACCUGUACGUGGACGGCCAGCAGAAGCUGUCUGCACCCCUCAAGUACCCCACGAUGACGGAGCCCUUCACCUCCUGCUGUAUCGGGUCAGCGGGCCACAGGACCACCACCCCGCCCCCGUCUCAGAUCCCCGACCCGCCCGUCUCCACGGCGCCCUCCCCGGGCCGCUCCUCCCUGGGGGGCAUCCUGUCCUCGCCGGGCUGGGGGGGCCUGCUGGGGGGCAAGCCGGAGUCGGUGACCAAGCUGAUCUCGGCGGGGACGCAGGACAGCGAGUGGGGCAGCCCCACCUCCCUGCAGGGCCAGCUGGGCGGGGUGAUGGUGUUCCACGAGCCCCUGCAGCUCGCCCACGUCAAGGCCCUGUGCAGCGCAGGACCGAACUGCAUUUCGCCCUUCAAGACCCUGGAGUCCGAGCUGGGGGACCUCCCCCCGAAACUCCUGCUGCACUACUCCCCCAAGGCUUGUCGGAACCCCAUCUGCCUGGACCUGUCCCCGAACAUGCUGCACGGCCGCCUCACAGGAAACAAGGUGGUCAACUGGGACAUCAAGGACAUGAUUAACUGCGUGGGGGGGCUGCCCGUGCUCUUCCCGAUCCUGGAGCAGCUGGCCGUCCUGCCCCCUGACCAGGCCACCGAACCUCCGGGGUCAGAGUUCAUCACCCCCGACCUGGCCACGCCUGCUGAGGGGGAUUGGGUCAUGCUGCCCUCCAAUAGGGCGUCAGAAGCGCGUCUGGAGAAGAACAUGGUGGCCACCUUCCUGCUGGUGAUAAAGCACUUCAUCCAGAGGCAUCCGAUCAAUCAGGAGAGCCUGCUGCACUCCCACGGAGUGGCUACACUGGGAGCGCUGCUGCAGAAGCUGCCCGCCAGUAUGGUGGAUGUGAGUGUGCUGGUGUCGGUCCAGCUGCUGGUGGAGCAGGUCACCUUUGAGAAGAACACUCAGCUCCUGCAGCAGCUGCACACUCACCUGCUCUUCAACUUCAGCAUCUGGAACCAGGGAGACUUCCCCCUGCGCAUCGGGCACAUCCAGUACAUGUCCACCGUCAUUAAGGACAGCAGGAAGCAGUUCCGGAAGAAGUACGGGGUGCAGUUCCUGCUGGACACCGUCCGCCUCUACUACGGCAGCAGCAGCAGCGGUAACCGGGAGGGGGACCUGAGUGAGGAUGACGUCCGCACCAUCCGGGCGUCGCUCUGCGGCCUGCUCAAGUACUACGUCAGCAAGGGCGUGACCCAGGACGAGCUGCAGAGCAUUCUGGGGUACAUGGCAGCCAUCGGCGACGAGGAGCAGCUGUGUGGGAUGCUGGAGCUGCUGCUGACCCUGCUGCAGACCAGCGCCGCGCGAGACCAGCUCUUCCUGCUGCUCUUCGAACCCGGAGCGGCCGACACCUUCUACGGCCCGCUGCUCCACAGCAAGCACACGGACAGGCUGAGAGAGCUGGUCUUUAAGCUGUACGAGCGCAUGCUCAGGUGUGACCGCGUCUAUGAGAAGAGCAAGCAGAGGCUGAAGCUGAGGGAGGUGGGCUACUCGGGCCUGACGCUGCUUUUCGCCGAGGCCAGCAUCACCCCCACCCUGGUCAAGUGCCUGCUCAACCAGGUGCUGACUGCAGACUCGGUGGUAAACUACAAAGACCUGAUGGCCCUGGUGCAGCUGACCCAUCGGGCCGGACCCAGCGUGCGUCUGCAAGUGUGCAAGAAGCUGUACCAGCUGUUGCAGUCGCAGCAGGACGCGGCGCUGCAGAUCUCUCGGCAGCAGUGCUGGCAGGAGACGCUGAUGAGGCUCUUCCUGCGCGCGCCGGGAGGGGAGGGGCCGGCGGGGGGGCGGGGCGACGGCAGCAGCACGGCCAGCCUGGACCUGAGCAGGGGCAGCGGGGGGCGGCCCGACCCCGCCCCCACCCCGGAGAAGAGGGCCCUCCUGGAGGCGCUGGGGCGGGCGGACGAGGAGCGCGACGCGUCGGACAGCGCCGGGGACAGCCGCUCCGUGGACAGCCUGGACGCCGCGGAGCUGCUGUCCCUGGGCGACGCGCCCGCCGACGCCCCGGCCCACAAGCCCUGGGCCCCCAAAGCCGGGGACUUGAGUUUGGACCUGAGCCAGGCCCGGCUGUACGAGGCCGGGGACAGCGGCAGCCAGACCCCCGGGAGCAUGCCCAGCACGCCGUCGCCCGUGGAGACCGCCAAGCCGUUCCCGGGCGCUCCCUCCGAGCGCGAGGCCGGCGGCGGCUCCGCCCCCUUCGCCGAGGACAACUUCCUGUUCGGCGACGACCUGUCGCUCGGAGAAUCCUUCAACAGCCUGGAGAGGUCGGAGGAGGAGCUGUGCCGCAUGCUGCUGGAGGUCGUGCUGUGCGUGAUGUGGCGGGGCGUGGAGGGCUCGGACGACGCCGCCUGGCUGGAGCGCGGCCAGGUCUUCUCCGCCCUCACCAAGCUGGGCACGGCCAACGAGCUGCUGCUGCCCGUCGACCACGUCAAGCUCAGCCUGCUGGAGAAGAUGCUGGAGUGGGCGGUGACGGACAACCGGGAGGCGACGGCGGCCAUGCUGCCGCAGCACACGGAGAACGCGGUGCGGCUGCUGCACAUCCUGCAGGACUUCCUGCAGGCGGAGGGGCUGGUGAACCCGGCGCUGUGGACGGAGAAGGUUCUGGAGGAGGCGGUGACGCUGAUGGACAGCCUGAUGGUGUGGUACUCCUCAGGGGCGCAGUGGCUGCUGCUCUCCCAGGUGGGGAUCCGCCUGCUGCUGGGCUUCAUGGCACAGGACGACAUGCAGGUGUGUGCCAUGGCCACGGCCAAGCUGAACACCAUCCUGCAGACGAAGCGCGUGGAGACGCAGGACGAGGCCUGCUACCUGCUGGGCAGCCUGGAGGGCAUCCUGAGCCGCUCGGUGCGCGAGCAGACGGAGACGUACUCCUUCCUCAUCCCGCUGCUGCGCACGCUGCUCUCCAAGAUCCACAAGCUGCUGUACAUGGAGCUGCACCUGCCCUCCCUGCCCGACACCAACGGCUCCCCCUCCUUCUUCGAGGACUUCCAGCUGUACUGCAGCUCCCCCGAGUGGAGGGUCUACCUGGACAAAUAUAUCAUUCCGUACAUGAAGCAGUACGAGCUGGAGAUGUUCAGCCAGGGCCACGAGUCCAUGGCCCUGUUCUGGAAGGACUGCUACGAGGCCUUCAUGGUCAGCCUGCACCGGCGGGAGAGGGAGCGCGGCGAGAGCAAGAUCCGCUUCCAGGAGCAGUUUCUGGAGCCCUACUCCCGGCGCGGCCGCCAGGAGAACCUGCGCUACAACAGCAUGCUGAAGCAGCUGCACAGCCAGCACAGCGCCGUCCUCAGGCAGUGGAAGGCAGCGCGGCGCAGCCUGGUGUGCGAGAGGGGCCCCUGGGCUGACAGGCAGCAGGGCGAGAUGCACUGGCGCGUCUCCAGCGCGGAGAACUACUCGCGCAUGCGCCUCAAGCUGGUGCGCAACCACAACUUCGACCCGCACGCCGAGGCCAGCGCCCUGCGGGACAACCUGGGCGUGCAGCAGCAGCAGGACUGCUCCCAGUCCCUGCUGCUGGAGGCGGUGAAGCAGGCCAAGGUGAGCGAUCUGGAGGAGGACACGCUGGAGCUGCCCGAGGACGACCCCGGCGGGGGCAACAGCCUGAACGAGGCGGAGGAGGCGGGGCAGCGGGAGAAGCUGGUCAUGUCGGAGGACUGCGAGCUGGUGACGGUGAUGGACGUCAGCCCCGGCCGGCUGGAGCUCACCACGCAGCACAUCUACUUCUACGACGGCGGCGCCGAGAAGGAGGAGGGUGUGGGUUACGACUUCAAGUGGCCGCUGUCGCAGAUCCGGGAGAUUCACCUGCGCAGGUACAACCUGCGCCGCUCCGCCCUGGAGAUCUUCCUCAUCGACCAGACCAACUACUUCCUCAACUUCAAGAAGGAGGCGAGGAACAAAGUGUACAGUCGUAUCCUGCUGCUGCGCUCCCUCAACCUGUACGGGACGCGCUCUCCACAGGAGCUCCUCAAGGCCUCCGGACUCACCCAGAAAUGGGUGAACAGAGAGAUUUCCAACUUUGACUACCUCAUUCAGCUCAACACUAUCGCGGGACGCACCUACAACGACCUGUCGCAGUAUCCCGUGUUCCCCUGGAUCUUGACAGAUUACACGUCUGAGGAGCUGGACCUCUCUGACCCGCGGGUCUUCCGGGACCUGUCCAAACCGAUCGCCGUCGUCAACGAGAGGAACGCCAAAGCCGUGAGAGAGAAGUAUGAGAGCUUUGAGGACCCCACGGGGACCAUCGACAGGUUCCACUACGGCACGCACUACUCCAACGCCGCCGGCGUCAUGCACUACCUGAUCCGCGUCGAGCCCUUCACCUCGCUGCACAUCCAGCUGCAGAGCGGCAGGUUCGACUGCGCGGAUCGCCAGUUCCACUCCAUUCCCGCCACCUGGCAGACCCUCAUGGACAACCCCAACGACGUGAAGGAGCUCAUCCCGGAGUUCUUCUAUUUCCCAGAAUUCCUGGAAAACCAGAACGGGUUCGACCUGGGCCGCCUGCAGAUGUCCAAGGAGAGGGUCGAUGACGUCAUCCUUCCCAAAUGGGCCAAGUCCCCCGAGGACUUCAUCUACAAGCACAGGAAAGCCCUGGAGUCUGAGUAUGUGUCCGCCCACCUCCACGAGUGGAUCGAUCUGAUCUUCGGCUACAAACAGCGAGGCCCUGCAGCUGUGGAGGCCCUCAACGUCUUCUACUACUGCACGUAUGAAGGUGCGGUGGACCUGGACGCCAUCACGGAUGAGAAGGAGCGCAAGGCAGUGGAGGGGAUGAUCAGUAAUUUCGGACAGACACCCUGCCAGCUGCUCAAGGAACCCCACCCGGCGCGUCUCUCGCUGGAGGAGGUGGAGAAGAGGAAGACGAGGCUCGACGCCUGCCCCCUCAGCAUCUUCGAGCACCUGACCGAGCUCAAGUCCUUCUUCGUGGAGGGCAUCAGUGACAAUGUGCCCCUGGUCAAGGCCGUGGUUCCCAAAAACCAGUCCCACUCCUUCAUCAGCCAGGGCAGCCCCGACACGCUGGUGACUCUGAGUCAGAACGGGCUGAUGGGGAUGCACGCCUGGCUCCCCUACGACAAGAACAUCUCCAACUACUUCACCUUCAUCAAGGACCCCACCGUGGCCAGUCCCAAGACCCAGCGCUUCCUGGGGGGGCCUUUCUCCCCGGAGGUGGAGGUGACGGCCCGGCUGUUCGUGGUGUCGCACGACGGGAAGCUGCUGUUCAGCGGCGGUCACUGGGACAACAGCCUGCGGGUCACCUCCCUGCUGAAGGGCAAGACUGUGGGCCAGCACAUCCGGCACAUGGACGUGGUGACCUGCCUGGCGACGGACCACUGCGGCAUCCACCUGAUCUCCGGCUCGCGGGACUCCACCUGCAUGGUGUGGCAGGUGCUGCAGCAGGGCGGGGCUCCUGUGGGCCUGUGCCCUAAACCGGUGCAGGUGUUGUAUGGACACAUGGAUGAGGUGGUGAGCGUCAGCAUCAGCACAGAGCUGGACAUGGCUGUCUCAGGAUCGAGGGACGGCACGGUGCUCAUCCACACCGUCCGGAGGGGCCAGUACAUGCGCUCCCUGCGGCCGCCCUGCGAGAGCUCCCUGCCCGUGUCCAUCCUGCACCUGGCCGUGUCCUGGGAGGGCCGGCUGGUGGUGCACACCUGCGUGGAGGGCAAGGCCACGCUCAAGGAUAAGAACGCCCUUCACGUGUAUUCUGUGAACGGUAAGCACCUGUGCACGGAGAGCCUGCAGGAGCAGGUGACCGACCUGUGCGUGUCCGGGGAGUACAUCGUGCUGGGCAGCGAGCAGGGCUUCCUCUCCAUCCGCGACCUCUACAGCCUGGCCCUGUGCGCGGCGCCCAUGGCGAUGCGGGUCCCCGUGCGCUGCGUCUCGGUGACCAAGGAGCAGAGCCACGCCCUGGUGGGGCUGCGGGACGGGAAGCUGAUCAUCGUGGGCGUGGGCAAGCCGGCCGAGAUGCGCUCGGGCCAAAUCACGCGCAAGUUGUGGGGCUCCAGUAAGCGCCUGACCCAGAUCUCGUCCGGGGAGACGGAGUACCACGCCAGGGACCAGAACUGACAGGCCCCUCGCCCCCACCAAUCACAAAUCACCCACCCCCCUCCACCACCGCCGCCUCCUGAUUGGCUCCCUGCCCUGUUAAUCACUACGGUCUUCACCCAAUGGAAGGUGAUGGCCGGUGUUUAAUUGAACCGAAUGUCGCCUCUCUCUCCUUCGACUGGGACUAAUCUGUGAUUCACAACUGAGACUGUGAGGUCCUGUCGAGCUGCGCCCCCCCCCCCCUCCCCCCCCAGCGUACAGGACCGUAACCAAGUAUACCCAACCAGCCCCAGACCGUAUCUGGGCUCUGAUCCAGCAUGUUGUGGGCGGGAGGGAGAGGACUAGAGCUGGGUCAGCCAGCGCGGGCGCUGUGGUUCUGACCUGACUGUGUACCUCAACCCACCCCCCCCCCCCCCUUUAUCCCUCCCACCGUCCCCACUAAUCUCACAUGACCCCCCCCCCACCCCACCCCACCCGGUUUUAUUCACAACUAAUCUCACAUCACACCCUCCCCCUCCCACAACUGGUCGCUAACCUUUUCAUCCAUGAAGUCGUCGCUUCGGCUCUGAGCGUUAGGCCGUAAGGCUGUGGAGACUCUUAACGGCGCCUGCUUCCACGCCAGAGGAAGAGCAGGUGCGCCACGUGGGUGCUGGAGCUCCCCACUGUGGCCCUCCGUGGUACUGCGCCGGUGCCACUGCACCGCAGCCCUAUGGCGGCGUCGCUCGCAGACCGAAGGGUGGAGCUUAACCUUUAUUUCCGGUGGCCUUUCACUCGCCUUAUAGCCAGCGUGUUUACAGCCGCGAAAACCGCCGGUGGCCAGAGACGGGCGUUUUGAAUGAGCCGGGCGGCACCGCGCGAGGUACGCGGACGGCGGCCUCCGUCCGUCCGCCGGCGCUGCGUCGCUGACCGGCCCGUCGGGUCCGCGCGCCGUCCGCGGCGCGGGCUCUCCUGGGCGCUAGCGGCGUCUGUGCCUCGGUCAGCCCUGAUGGCUUUCACACACUACAGCACAGACACCUCUUCUCUUAAUCAAAUCUGAACCUGCGCUGCAAGGAGCAGGCAGGCCGUACCCAUUGGGCGUAACCACACACGCAGACACACAGAUGUGCUCAUAGAGUCAUACUAGACAUACAAGACAUACAGUCACACAAAACACACGCGAGUACCCAUAUGUGCACAUAGUCUUAACACUAGCACGCUGUCAUUGGCACGGCGUGCAGGGCGGCUAACGUGGCUACGCCACUGGAUUCGUGUCUGAGCGACGGCCCUGUAGCCAGCAGCGCUGUAAGGCUACGUUAGCGCGCGGAAGAUUUUUGCUUUACUUGAACAAAUUUUUUUUUUUUUUUUUUAAAGAUACAAUAAUUUCCUUUAAUUGUUUUGUAGAUUAAGAGAGAGAGUUGUUUUUAACGGUCACUUGUAAUUAUGUAGAUGGAACCGUGGACACCCAGACCACCAGGGGGCUCUGAGUGAAAGGCAGGGAUUAGGUUAAACAAUCACUCAAAAAAAAAAAAUGAAAGGCAGGGGGGAUUGGACGGGAGUUAAGGCUUCCGAGUUAGCGAAAGCCGCUACCCUGCUCCAGCCUGCAACUGUGCGUAUUAAGACAUUCCGGUCUGGGUGAGAAUGUCGGAACGUCGUGAAACUCCGACUACUCUGGCUGACUGAACAACAGCCCGUCUUCCUGGUUACUGACGGGGAUGGUGUACAUCGUGUUCCUUUAUCACAAGGCCUAACCUCAGAGCCCAAAAUCACUGACUUGCGGUCUCACUUCAACUUUUUUUUUUUAACUUCAUGUUUUUUGCUCCGAGGUUUGGUCUUGUGACGGUCUCGCUCUGGUUGGAAAUCCAGAUUACUGACAAGGAUUACUCUUUCCAUAUAUGCAGUACCUAACUUAUUUGUUUGGUGAGAUUUAUUUUAUGUAUUUUCUAUGUUAAUUGAUUAUGAACGUUUCUCUGCUUUAUCAUGGUUUUCCCUUGAUUGGCUGAUUGGUUGGUCCUCCUCCUGUGUAGAUUUAUUCGCUCUCACGUGCUGACCAGAGCAUUCGAUAGUGGUUUUAACCCAUCCCACAGAGGAACGAUUUCCUUCCUCUGUGUGUGUGUGUGUGUGUGUGUGUGUGCGCGUGCGUGACUGAGUGAGUGCGUGUGUGUGUAAUGAAAAAAAUGCAGAUCUAUAUUUGCCAAAAUGCAGACAACCAACUGUAAAAACUUCCUAUACUGGGGCGAACCUGUCUCUCUGCCCUCAGUAUUGUACUGCCGGGUCAGGGGUCGAGCCAAGAUGGUCAGUCAGAGUGAAAUGGUUGUUUGUAGGUUGAGUUUUUGCAGUGUGCCUGCAGUACACCAGCAUGCUGUGCCAAGGGCUGGUUCAGCAGCCUCUGAAGCUCUUCCAGAGGAAGUUCCUCACUUCCGUCUCCACGGAAACAAGCGCAUCGCCCCAUUUCUUUCACGUGCCCUCCAAAGAGACAUUGAAAGUGCGUUUUUCUUUCCCCCCCCAUAGACUUUGUUUUCUGUGCUUUGCUGACAAGACCACUACGAUGAACAAAGAAAGUGAAAUCCAUCAUUAUUUUACUAAUUCCUCUGUUGAAAUAAAUGGAGUGCCUUUUCACACUCUGUGUCAAAUGACCUUUCGAAUGGGGCCAUGGUGUGAACGUGCAUGUAACCUGUGUGACCCCCCCCCCCCAUAUCCCAAGAACAACUUCAUUCCAGACAGGCUAUGGCCCCUGAAAACUCCAAGGACACCACAGAGAAAGAUUGAGCGAAAAUCAGAAAUUCUGUAACUAAAAAUCCUAGCUGCUUUCUUCUGUAACUUCCACCAAAUGGUUGUGUGUGUAUAUCUGUGAUUAUUUAUAAAUACAGUAUAUAAAUAUGUACAGCAUGAUUUUUAUUUCGGUGUAUUUGAAAUGUAUUUUUUUGCACUUUCCAGGUACUACAGAUUGUAACAGGUUGUUUUUAAUGUUCUCCGCUGAUCUGUAAAGACUGCUUUGUAUACACAGAAAGGUGUGGAAACGUCAUUAAAGUCGAUGGAUAAAAA